UGAGCGAGUAAGUGAGUGAGAGAGAAAGAGAGAGAGAGAGAGGAGGUGUAGUGGAGGAGAGGACAGGAGAGACUCGCUCGGGCUCAUCGAAACACUUUUACCUGUUUUCUGCGGGAUUCCAGCGGCGGGAGAAUCAGCGAGCGAUGCUCCGGAGCCCUCGGUGAAACCAGCCCCGGUGACCCGUGUGAAGACUCGUGUGCAGAUCUGGACAGACAGCCAGCAUGACGACUGAUGUGGUGAUCGUGAAAGAGGGAUGGCUGCACAAAAGAGGAGAGUAUAUAAAGACGUGGAGGCCGCGGUAUUUCUUGCUGAAGAGUGACGGUACGUUUAUCGGCUAUAAGGAGCGACCGCAGGACGUGGACCAGCUGGAGACGCCGCUCAACAACUUCUCUGUGGCCCAAUGUCAGCUGAUGAAGACGGAGCGACCAAAACCAAACACAUUCAUCACGUGCCUGCAGUGGACCACUGUCAUUGCGACCUUCCACGUGGAGACGCCUGAAGAAAGGCAGGAAUGGACCAAAGCCAUCCAGACUGUGGCGGAGCGUCUGCAGAAACAAGAGGAGGAUGAGGACGCGUCAGCAGAACACACAGACAUGGAGACCAGUCUGAGCAAACCACCACACAAAGUGACUAUGCAUGACUUCGAAUACCUCAAACUCCUGGGAAAAGACUUUGGGAAGGUGAUUCUGGUGAAGGAGAAAGCAACUGGCAAAUAUUACGCCAUGAAAAUCCUAUAGAAAGAAGUGAUCGUUGCCAAAGAUGAAGUGGCUCACACACUGACUGAGAACCGAGUGCUGCAGAACUCCAGACACCCAUUCCUGACGGCUCUGAAGUCGUCGUUCCAGACUCAUGAUCACUUGUGUUUUGUGAUGGAGUACGCAAACGGAGGAGAGCUCUUCUUCCACUUGUCUCGAGAGCGUGUGUUCUCAGAGGAGCGAGCGUGUUUCUACGGGGCAGAGAUCGUGUCUGCGCUGCACUACCUGCACUCCGAGAGGAACGUGGUCUACCGGGACCUGAAGCUGGAGAACCUGAUGCUGGAUAAAGACGGACACGUAAAGAUCACAGAUUUCGGCUUGUGUAAAGAGGGAAUCACAGACGGAGCCACUAUGAAGACCUUCUGCGGGACUCCAGAGUAUCUGGCGCCCGAGGUGCUGGAGGACAAUGAUUACGGCCGUGCGGUGGACUGGUGGGGUUUAGGGGUGGUGAUGUAUGAGAUGAUGUGUGGCCGUCUGCCGUUCUACAACCAGGACCACGAGCGUCUGUUUGAACUCAUCCUGAUGGAGGACAUCCGCUUCCCUCGAACCCUCGCCCCCGACGCCAAAUCCCUGCUGUCCGGCCUGCUCAAGAAAGACCCCAUGCAGCGGUUAGGUGGAGGUCCUGAUGAUGCGAAAGAAAUCAUGCAGCACAAAUUCUUUACUGGAAUCGUGUGGCAGGACGUCUACGAGAAGAAACUGGUUCCUCCGUUCAAGCCACAGGUGACGUCAGAAACAGACACCAGAUACUUUGAUGAAGAGUUUACAGGACAGACCAUCACCAUCACACCACCUGGACAAGAUGACUCUAUGGAGGCGUUUGACAGCGAGAGACGACCACAUUUCCCCCAAUUCUCAUACUCGGCCAGUGGAACAGCAUGAUCCUGUGUUUCAUCACACAUUUGCACACACACACACACACACACACACACACACACACACACACACACACACACACACAAAACACUCUUUAACACACAUGCACACACACCUGCUCUCUCUCUCUCUCUCUCUUUCUCUCUCUCUCUCUCUCUCACAUGCACACUCACACAUGCACACACAUACAUAUGUAAACACACACGCAUAACACAGAGAGACAUUAACCUGUUACACACACACACACACACAUCUGUAUGAGUGACUCUGUAUAUCGUUCUGAAAACCAGAGCAAACACUCCAGAAUAUCAAUGUAUUCCAGUAUAGCAGAACUUCUGGAGUGUUCAGACUGAUGAUAUGCAAAUAUUUACAAACCAAAACAACAACAACAACAACAACAACAGCAGCGUCUUUAACAUGUCCAAUUCUCCACUCGUGAAGAGACGAGUCAUGUUUCUCCUGUUUUCAUCUACAAAUAUCUAAACAUCAGGAUAAUAAUAUUAAUAAUAAUAAUAAUAAUAAUAAUAAUAAUAAUAAUGCGGCACAGUGGCUCAGUGGUUAGCACCGUGGCCUCACAGCAAGAAGGUCGCUGGUUCAAAUCCAGGUGCUUCGGUUUCCCCCACAGUCCAAACACAUGCGCUAUAGGGGAAUUGAUGAACUAAAUUGGCCGUAGUGUAUGAGUGUGUAUGGGUGUUUCCCAGUGCUGGGUUGCAACUGGAAGUGCAUCCGCUGUGUAAAACAUGCUGGAAUAGUUGGCGGUUCAUUCCACUGUGGUGACCCCUGAUAAAUAAAAAGACUAAGCUGAAGGAAAGUGAAUGAAUAAUAAUAAUAAGUGUAUGGAGUUAGUGUCUAACACAUGACGUCUACCAAAAUGAACACUUUUGAUGCCUUAAUGUCUUCUUUUCCAGUAUUUAUGUGCUGAUUUUUCAAUCUUUAGACAUUUGUGCUGAAAGACGAGAUGAAAUGACUCUAAUGUUUGCUGUUUCCAGACUGAACUCAUGUAUUUUGGUCUAAAUUUCACUUGCAUUUACCAUCAAUGUGCAAUAUAGUAUCCAUAAAUUAUUCUUAUUUAAUCUUUUUAAUUGUUAAAAUGACUUAAUUCCACUAAACUAGAAAUGAAAAUAAUAAACCCAGCACAGACACAGUAGAAACAACCUGUCUAAAACAGGUCCAGAUCACAGUUCAAGCUCCUUCAGAAGAAAAUAUAGAUGUUUUUAGGGCAAAAAUGAUUAAAAAAUGAAGGAAUUAAAGUUUAAAUGCAUGCAUGAGUAAUAAAGAUUAAAUACUUGACAACAUAUUUACAAUACUUUAUAUAUUCAUCAUGUAUAUGCAAUACACACGAGUUAUUACUUGUUAUGAAGUAACAAUUUUCAGGAUUAUAAAUGCAGCACCUAAUAUUGAUUUCAGGUUGUUUGUCUGUGAUCUGGCUGUGUUUUGGUGGGGUUUUAAAUGCAUCGUUCCCAUUUUUCUGCAUAAACACACUGAGAUGCUGUUAAUCCAGGUGAAAGCAGUUGUUUGGCUUUGUUUUUUAGCUUGUAUUCACUCUUUAUUUAUAUGUUAACAGCUGGAAAGGUUGUAUGUGAUUUAAUGAGCGACCUUAAUGCAUUUCUACACACACACACACACACACACACACACACACACACACACACACACACA